AUGGCGAUGUCUGUGGCGUCCAACUCGUCCCGUAAGCUGAAAUCAAGUAGAAGAAGCUUCAUAGGCAAAUUUCUCCGCAAAAGGCUGCUGCUGGUAUCUUCAUUGAGUCCCCAGUCUCUGAGUAUUGCCGGAAGCUCGGAUAUUAGCAUACAAGCUGCUCAAAAUCUCAAUAUUGAUCGUCGCUCACUGCAGACUCUGGCUCGGUCCUUGGAUUCUAAUGCUUACUUGGACUACGACACUAACUCCAUCUACAACCAUGAUUCAGGUGUGGAAACUGAUCCGCAUGACGAACUGCUGGACCCACACGAUGCAAUGCUGGAUCCGCAUGCCGACAUCUUUUCCAACGAUUCCGUAGAGGAGUUUGCCUUGAAAAACCAAAAGAUUGAUUUUCAUGGCUUGGAACCUUCUACAACCGGCGAGGACCAGAAGGAAAUGCCAUGGGCAGGGUUGACCUAUGAGGCAUUGGUGUUUCCGAAACUUGCAAGGGUUGCUCGCAAAAGUAACAAAAGCCCCAAGCUCUUGAACAACUUGUUCUUGGCUCAGGAACUUCGGAGCAACCCUGCAGAGUCGGUUGAAAAUAGUGACGUCUCAGACGACGAAGAUGCUCCCGAUGAGUCAAGUUUGCAGGAAGAAAUGGCACAGUCCAUGAAUCCCAACGAGGCUUUGGUGAUGGAAUUUAGUAAGGACGGAAAGUACCUUGCAGUUGCCGGAAGGGACUGUCGAAUUACCGUGUGGCAGGUGAUUUCGUCUCCACUCAGCAGACUCCAGCAUAACAACUACGAGGCUGAAACCGAAAAACAGAAAGAAAAGACAAAGUCCAGGUCGUACCGCUUCGCCCCAGUUUUCCACCUGGAACCCGUGGUCAUUUUCGAAGGACAUACCAGCACUAUUUUAAGCUUGAACUGGAGCAAAAAUAACUUCUUGAUCUCUGGAAGCAUGGACUGGACAGCCAAACUCUGGAAUGUGGACCGUGAAGAGUGUCUUGAGACUUUCCAACAUGACGAUUUCGUUACUACUGUGGCAUUUCAUCCCACUGAUGACCGUUUUUUUGUCAGUGGUUCUCUAGACAAUUGUGUAAGAUUGUGGUCAAUAAUGGAGUCAUCUGUUUCUUUUGUUAAGAAUCUAGGUGACGAAGUGCUCAUCACCGCGUUGUCAUUCACUCCGACUGGUGGCUACAUCAUAGUCGGAGGGUUUAAUGGUUCGUUGUUUGCACUCGAGACUAACGGUCUUCAUUUCAUCCACCGAAUCGAAGUGAAGGAGAAAUCUAUCGCACAUCCAUUCAAUCAUAAACGGAAUCACAAGAUCACAGGAAUACGCAUUUUUGAGAACCCAUCUGCUGUUGAUGUUGCUCAAUCCCUGCUCCAGAAAUGGAAUAUUCUCGUCACGACAAAUGAUUCAAAAAUCAGGUUGAUUGACCUUGGCCUCAGGAAACUAGUUACCAGAUUUAAAGGCAGCUCUAACACAAGUUCGAUAGUGGCAUCUUUAACUGAUGACGACAAGUAUAUCAUAUCAGCUUCUGAAGAUCAUUGGUGCUAUGUGUGGGAGAAUAAUAAUUCCAUCAUCAACAACAAGUUGCGUACAGCCAUAAAGGAUAUGUAUAUUGAGGGAAAAACGCAAGUUACGGAAAAACACAAGAAGGUGGUCAAAUCAUUUCAAGAAAGCAAACUUUGGAAGAAACUCAACAUGCAGCAUUUCCUUGACGAUGUCAACAGCCAAACAUUUGUUGCCAACGAAAAUAGCAGUUAUGCUUCUUUCCAUGCACAUCAUCAUAAAGUCAAUGCUGCUGUUUUUGCACCCGAGACCACAAAGAAGCUUCUUGAAUUUUCGGAUGACCUUAUUUACGAUCUUGUGAAACGAGGUCCAAGCUUGGUAAGAGCUGGUAUCGUUAAGCCCAAGAAGACCGCUUCCGACCUAGAUUGUGGACAUAUCAUCGUCACAUGUGAUACCACGGGACUCAUCAGAGUAUUUCGUCAGGACUCAGCGUUCUACAUCCGAAAAGGACUUGUUGAGUUUCGUAAAACUUGCAAAUCAGCACGUUGUGCCGAUUUGAAGCCACAAGUGAGCAAUACCCUAAAGCUAGAUAUUAGCGGAUUGAACAAGAAAUUGAUCAAGACGAGAAGCUUGAGUCCAUCUAUUGAUCGUUCCCUGACUUUUAAGUCAUUCCACAAUAAAUUGAAACCAAAUGGAAGGAAUGGUCCUUCCAAUCCAAACUUGUAUCUGCUCCCAAGACAACAGUCAUCAAGAAGCACCCUUGUUGCUGACCAUCCAAUUGGAAGCAAUAUUGCUUCCUCGAGCCCCCUGCUUAACAUAAGGGAAAUUACGAAAACUGUUCCUGGUGCCAAGGAGAAACGACUGGACAAUGUCGCAUUAUCUUUCCGUGAUUUUGACGCUCCUAAUAUUUCCGAUGAGUCGACUACAGCAAUUAACGUAUCGGUCAACACUCCCAUGAUUGGUGUGUCAGAGUGUACACCUCCAAGAGCAAAGAGUCCUGUUCCAGCAUAUUCACCCUCAGCCAUCCUGUCUUAA